CUGGCUUUGACCACUGAAUCACAAAUAUCCUCCAGCUGGGAAUCAGACAAGGGCAGAAAUGAAGAACUCAGAAGCCCAACAGGAUGUUUCAGUUUCCCAGGGAGUUCGCAUGAUGUUUUACAUGAUGAAGCCCAAUGAAACUUCAUUCCAAACCCUAGAAGAGGUGCCUGAUUAUGUAAAACAGGCAACUCCAUUUUUCAUUUCCUUGAUGUUGCUUGAACUGGUUGUCAGCUGGAUUCGCAAAGGGAAGCCACCAGGUCGUUUGGAUGAUGCUUUAACAUCAAUAUCAGCUGGUGUUCUGUCUCGGCUUCCAAGUCUGUUUUUCAGGAGCAUUGAACUGACCAGUUACAUUUAUAUCUGGGAGAACUACAGGCUCUUCAGUCUGCCUUGGAAUUCUCCAUGGACUUGGUAUUUAACCUUCUUAGGAGUUGACUUUGGUUACUACUGGUUCCAUCGCAUGGCCCAUGAGGUUAAUAUUAUGUGGGCUGGCCACCAAACACACCAUAGUUCUGAAGACUAUAACUUAUCCACAGCACUGAGACAAUCUGUCUUCCAGAUAUAUACUUCUUGGAUUUUCUACUCUCCCCUGGCCCUCGUCAUACCACCCUCAGUAUAUGCUGUUCAUCUUCAGUUCAAUCUUCUCUAUCAAUUUUGGAUACAUACAGAGGUCAUCAAUAACCUUGGCCCUUUGGAACUGAUUCUUAAUACUCCAAGCCAUCAUAGAGUUCAUCAUGGCAGAAACCGUUAUUGCAUAGACAAAAAUUAUGGUGGCGUUCUUAUUAUUUGGGAUAAAAUUUUUGGAACAUUUGAAGCAGAGAAUGAAAAAGUUGUGUAUGGUCUAACACAUCCCAUUAAUACAUUUGAACCAAUCAAGGUACAGCUCCACCAUUUAUUUUCCAUAUGGGCUACAUUCUGGGCCACGCCUGGAUGCUUCAAUAAGUUUUCUGUCAUAUUUAAAGGACCAGGAUGGAGUCCAGGUAAACCAAGACUUGGAUUAAGUGAAGAAAUUCCAGAGGUCACGGGGAAAGAAGUUCCCUUCUCAUCCUCCGCAUCUCAACUGCUAAAGACAUAUUCAGUUGUACAGUUUGCACUGAUGCUAGCAUUUUAUGAAGACACCUUUGCAGAUUCAGCUGUACUAUCGCACGUAACUCUUCUUCUGAGGGUGUGCUUCAUUAUCCUGACCUUGACCUCAAUUGGAUUUCUUCUGGAUCAAAGGCAAGAAGCAGCUAUUGUGGAAACUAUUCGUUGCUUGAUGUUCCUAAUCCUAUAUAGAUUUGGUCACCUGAAACCUCUUGUCCCUUCUUUAUCGUUUACUUUUGAGAUUUUUUUUUCCAUUGGCAUUGCUUUCUGGGGAGUAAGAAGUAUGAAACAGCUUGUCUCCAGUCCUUGGAAAUAACCUAAGUUUGUACACAAUUCUCUUGUUUUAAUCAAUUGUCCACAGCCACAAUAUAUAAUCAUUGAAUGUGGAAAUAAAAUUGUCUUAUAUAAUGUGUAAUGAACCAUUUCUUCAAUGAAAGGUAAAUGUACUUAUUUACUCGUGUUUGUUUUUCACAUUUGUUGUUUUCUAUUAAAAUUAAAGUUAGUUGCGGUUACUUUUAGUUAUUGCUAUAGUUGAAAACAAAUGAUUUGAAAUAUAAUGGUGUUAUAUUCACUGUAGCAUCUAAGACAAUGAGUAUAAAAAAGGAAAGAGGAAAACUUAAAAACAGUAAAAUUGAAUAAAAAUUGCCUUUGCUUUGACUUGACAACAGCAUUCCCUUUGAUGUAUACAAAGUUGUGCUUAGAUAUAUUUUUGUA